AUGUCCAAUAAGUUUCACUGCGAUGUGUGCUCAGCGGAUUGUACUGAUAGGGUGAGAAUCUCUUGUGCAGAAUGUCCAGAAUACGAUUUAUGCGUAUUGUGCUUCUCAAAGGGGUUAUAUAAUGGCAAUCAUAGACCAUAUCACGAUUAUAGAAUCAUUGAAACAAACUCAUAUCCAAUUCUGUGUAAUGAUUGGGGAGCAGAUGAAGAAUUAGCAUUGAUUAAAGGAGGUCAGAGUUAUGGUUUAGGUAAUUGGCAAGAUAUUGCGGAUAACAUUGGUAGCAGAGAAAAAGAAGAAGUAGCGGAUCAUUAUAUGAAAUAUUAUCUAUGCAGCCCGUAUUACCCAAUACCUGAUAUUACAAAGGAGAUAAGUGUACCACAAGAUGAAUUUUUAGAGGGUAGAAAGAAAAGAAUUGAAAGAUUUAGAGAACGGACAUUACAACCACCUGGUAAACCAGUAGCCUCGGUACCAAGUUGUCAUGAAGUGCAAGGUUUUAUGCCAGGGAGACUAGAAUUUGAAGUUGAAUUCGAAAAUGAAGCCGAGGGUCCAGUUAAAGAUAUGGUUUUUGAGCCUGACGAUCAAGCAUUAGAAAUUGAAUUAAAAUUGACGAUUUUGGAUAUUUAUAACUCGAGAUUGACAUCCAGAGGUGAAAAGAAGAGAGUUUUAUUUGAAAACAAUUUAAUGGAUUAUAGACGUGUACAAAGCAUUGAUAAAAAAAGGUCAAAAGAUGCAAAGGAAUUGUACAAUAAAAUAAAGGCAUACGCGACGAUCAUGACAUCACAAGAUUUUGAAGAAUUUAGUAAAGAUAUUUUAGAGGAAUUACGUUGCAGAUCCAGAAUAGCACAACUACAAGAUUGGAGAAGUAAUGGAUUAACUAGUAUAGAAGCGGGAAUGAAAUAUGAGCGUGAUAAACAGUUGAGAAUUGCCGCUCUGGAGCGGUUUGGUACUUCGAGUUACAUGUCAGCUGGAGUAAAUAAUAAUGGAAGGUAUAGAGCCUCGUCUGCACAUAGAAUGAGUGCAGAUUAUUCACAAAAUUAUAGUGAAGCUGCAGGGCGUAAAAAGAAUAUGACAAUUAGUGAUAUUCAACAUGGUUCCGAUUUUAAUCUGUUGUCACCAGGCGAACAACAGUUGUGCAUACAGUUAAAAAUGCUUCCCAAACCAUAUUUGGCAAUUAAAGAAUUAAUGUUUAGAGAACUUCUACGAGCUGGCGGUUACCUGAAAAAGAAAACUUGUCGAGAUUUACUAGAUAUCGAACCAGUAAAGGCAAAUAAAAUUUAUGAUUUCUUUCAAUCUCAAAACUGGGUUUAA